UUCAACAUGGCGUUCAGCAAUCUCGUGAAAUCUUCCAAUACGUUUUUGCCUUCAUUCUGAAUGAGGGUUUUGCUAAUAUUAAGGAAGUUUCAAUUACAGAGAACGUGUAAUUUAAUGGCAGCGUCUCUGAGUACGUCUAAACCAACGCCAAAUGUUUAUCUGCAAGUUGUCGGAACAGAAACUGGUGAUACUAGUCCAUCGUUAUAUCUGUUUGCUGAUUCUCAGAGAUAUCUUUUCAAUUGUGGAGAGGCAACUCAGCGGUUAUGCGUUGAACACAAGCUGAGACUCUCAAAAGUGAACAAUGUUUUCUUCACGCGGAUAUGUUGGGAGUACACUGGAGGUCUGCCUGGACUUGCACUGACAUUUAGGGACUUUGGCAAAUCAGACAUUCGUCUUCAUGGACCCAGCACCUUGUCUCAUUUCAUCUAUGCCACACGAUUUUUCUUGCAGCGUGAAAACUUGAAGUUUGAUUGUGUUGGAUUCACAGGGACAGAUGAGGACAAGUAUGAAGAUGAAAAUAUAACAAUAUGGCCUCUUCUUUUAAAUGAUGGUGCUGUGAAAUCAAGAGAUGAUUCGUCCACUUUGAGUGAUGUAGAUGAUCUGCGAUCAGUUAAAAGAGCAAAGAUGGACAGUCCUGAGACAUUCACUGCAGUUUGUUACAUCUGCCAGCUUUCCUCUCUACCUGGGAAGUUUUUCCCUAAGAAAGCCAUUGAGCUUGGUGUACCAAAAGGACCCUUGUUUAAAGACCUUGUUUCUGGGAAUGUAGUUACCCUGGAAGAUGGACAACAGGUGCAUCCUCAGCAAGUAAUGGGACGAGCUCAGCCUGGAUCUGUUUUUCUUAUCAUUGAAUGUCCCACAGUGGCAUUUAUUCAGUUAUUGGUCUCCAAUGAGCAGCUCAAAAAGUACUGGGAACAAGGGCCAUGUUUAACACCUGUGAUUAUUGUACAUCUGACACCAAUGGCUAUUUUCCAAAGUAAAGAAUACGAACACUGGAGGAAAGGGUUUGGAGACAAGGUGUGUCAUCUGUUGAUUAACAAGGAUGUGUGUGCAGCCCCCCUGGUGUUUCAGGCUCAAGCAACUGUACAGUGUAAAUUAAACACCAUAGAUCCAGAGAUUUUUCCCUUAUUGGAAACCAUGGACACACCUGCAAUAAAUCAAGAUGACUUACCAAAAAAUUGCUUUGCUGGAGAAAAUUUACUCAAGUUUUAUCUCAGAGAAGGCAAGCAUCAAGGAUUUGAUAGGUCUGAGGUACUAGGGAAGUUAGAUGUGGACUCAAUCAUUAAAGAAACUCAAACACUCUUGAAUGAACAGUCUAAAGAGGUGUCAAGUGAAAGAGGCUUUGGGCAAAGAAGUACUGAACAAAAGGAAUUAUCAUCAGCAGCAGGUACUUCCCGGUUAUCACCAACCACCAGUGCGUCAGUGGUGAAGGAUUUAAUCAGGAGUCCACCUACAAAUAGGAAUACAAAAAUUAAUUUUGGGAAUGCGCUCAUAGACAGCUUGGAAGCUGUUGGAGUACAUCUAUUGGGCACUGAAAGGCGUGGUUCUAGUUUGAGUGAAAGAAUUCAAAUGAAAGUGAAGGAACGAGCAUGGGAAAGGGAACACAAGGAGUAUGAGGUAGUUUUCUUGGGAACUGGAUCAGCAAUUCCAUCAAAAUACAGAAAUGUCAGCUCAACAUUGAUCAACAUGAGUGAAAAGGACUCCAUACUCCUUGACUGUGGUGAAGGUACCUAUGGUCAGCUCUAUCGACAUUAUGGUAAAUACCUGGACCGUGUACUGAGGCGGCUCAAAUGUGUUUUCAUAUCUCACAUUCAUGCUGAUCAUCACUUGGGUCUUAUCCAUAUUUUAAAGAAAAGAGAAACUAUAGAUAUGGAAAGUGAUGUUGCAGAUGAUCUGGUAAUCAUUGGUCCUGCCAAAAUAAGAAAAUGGCUGGAGGAGUAUAACAGAUUCUGUGAGGACAUUGAGUACAGGUUUGUGGACAGCAGGGACUUAGUUAUAAAAGGCCGGUAUGAAGAUUACCAGUUUGUUACAGAUUGCUUAGAUGCAAGAGAGGUUUUAACAGUACCUGUAGAUCACUGUCCACAGGCCUUUGGCUUGGUUAUAGCACACAAUCAUGGCUGGAAGAUUGUUUACUCUGGUGAUACACGACCUUGCCCAGCACUGAUUGAGGCUGGAAAAGGUGCUGAUCUCCUCAUUCAUGAAGCCACUCUAGAAGAUGAAUUGAUGAGUGAAGCUCUUGAGAAAAAGCACAGUACAACAACUGAGGCAAUCACAAGUGGUGUGGAGAUGGGUGCAAAGCUUAUCAUAUUGAAUCACUUCAGUCAACGUUAUCCUAAAAUCCCAGUGUUCAGUGAACAGUUUACAAAGUGUACUGGCAUUGCAUUUGAUCACAUGAAGGUUCAUUCAAGCAAUUUUUCAAAACUUCCACAACUUGUGGAACCACUCAAAGCUGUGUUUGCAAAGGAAAUGGAUGAAAUGACCAAGAACUAACCAACAGAAAACCUUGAAUAACAGAAAGACAAAUACUUUGAUUUUGCUUUGUUUCUUUAUUGCUAACAUUAUUUUUAAUAUAUUACUUCACACUAUUUUUUUCUUUUUUGCUAAGUUCACAAUGGUUCCAAAACUACUUGCAGACAAAAAAUAUUACAUUUAUAUCUUUGCUCUUUUCUAUACAAAAAUUUUUACAGUGUACUAACAUUUUGUCACAUAAAAGUAACUUCUUUUCUUUAUCACAAACAAGUGUCCAUAUUAAAAACUUUGAAAAUAAUGUACAAAAACCAUCAUGCUUUACCUGAGUUAUUAGAUAUGUUGUUCAAAACGGCUAAAAACAUUGGAAAGUAGAUUUUGAAGAACAAACCACUUAAUAUUUACAAUUAUAGACACAAUUGACAACACAUAUGUAAUGGCAGUCUGUAAGCAUAAAAGCAUCCUGGCACAAAUCUCCUCUGACUUGCAGAGUGCUUGUGCUGAGACCAGCUCACAGGAUAGUUACCAACUAAAAAUAAUUAUAGUGGUAAAAAAUAAGUAAAAAUAGGUUUACUGGAGGUUUCAUUUGCAUGAGGUGAUGCCUUGAAAAAGUGCACCUGAAUUUUGAAAGGAAAAUAAAACUACUUAACAGCAAUUCAAAGAAAGGUGAAUUAAUUCUUUUCAGCUAAGUGUUGAGAACAGCUGACCCUUCUUGAAUGUUAGUUAAAAAGAAAACUAUACAAAAGUUGAUGUUACUGACGUCUUGGGUUACCUGUAUGGUGUAUGUCUUAAAAAAAUUGUUUGAGACAAUGCAUCUGAUGUACAAAAAAUUUUUUCGGUUUUCCUAUUAUGCUCAACAUGUAAAAAUUAUUUCAAGGAAAUAAGUAUUUACAGCUAAUGCACAUAGUAAGCAUGCAAAUCUCAGACAAUCAUAUUGUCCUUCAUUAUUGAGAAGUGUGUUCUACUUAUGGAUGAAGGUAGGGAACUGAAGAAAGUUCCUGCUAAAACUGAAUUCACUUAAAUUUACAUCUCAUUAAAUAAGAAUACAACACCUUUUCUUUUAAGAAACAAAGAAACUUUUUCUUGUAAUCCCCUAUCUCACUCCACUCAUGGUACUAUGUUUUUUCUAUUACUAGGACAAAAAAUAAAUAAUUGAAAAAACA